AUGAAGGUCAAGCUAAGUCAGAUGUUCAAAUCGAGUCACGAGUUCAAGUCCGAGUCAAGUCAGAAGUCAAGUCAAGAAGUCAAGGUCAAGAGUCAAGUAAGCCGGAAUCAAGAUGCAGAGGCUCAGAGCCGGAGUCAAGCUCAGAGUCAAGUCAGAGUAAGUCAGGUCAAAGUCGAGGUUCAAGUAGAGGUCAAAGUCGAAGUCAAGUACGAGGCCAGCAGAGCUCAAGUCAAGUUCAAACAGUCCAAGGUUAGUGGCAAGGCAAGUCAAGGUCGGCAAGUCCAAGCUGCCAAGUCAAGGCCGGUCGAGAGUCACCAGUGUCAGUCAAGCCGCAAGUCAGAAGUCAAGUCAGGUCGAGAUCAAGGUCGAGUCAAGGAUAAGUCGAGGUCAAGUCGAGUCAAGUCGACUCGAGGGUCGAUCAAGCCCUGCGAUCGAGCCAGUCGAGCAUGGAGCCGAUCGAGACGCCUACCGGAGGUCAGCAGGCCGGUCCAUGCGCAGCGCGCCGUCAAGCAGCUCGAGUGCAGUCAAGUCGAUUGCGAUGAUCGCGAGAACAGCUUAGCCUCAGUGCUGAGUCAUAAGUCGAGUCAAGCUCGAGCUCCGAAGUCGAGCCGUCAGCAUGCUCAGCCGCCCCAAGCUGAGCCGUCAGAGAUCCGUCAGCAAGUCGAGUCCAAGUCAGCGCCAAGCUCGUCAGUCAAGUCAGCUGUCGAAGCUGCCAGCAGUCAAGCUCGAGCUAAUCAAGUCAAGCCACCCCGAGUCAGAGUGCGAGCGUCACAGCUCGAGGUCAAGCGUGCCGGAGUGCCAGUCAAGUCCAGUCAAGCGAGCGUCAGCCAGGUAGCGUCCGACGGACAUCGACAGUAUGCAAGUGUCGAGCUGCCAGCAAGUCGAGCCACUCAGUCGACUGCCGGUGCGAGUCAAGCCGAGUCAAGUCGAGCUGCGAGCUGGCGCCCUACUAAAGCGCCCGCUUCAGCUCGAGUAUCAUCUCGCCCCAUCGGUACGUCUUGUUCGACGACGUCCGGCGUCGGAUUCACCGAGCUGACGUCCUCCUCAUCUCAUAAGACUGUCCAGUACCAGCCUCGUCCGCUCGUGAUGACAGGUAUCGCCCUGGAUGAGCGCCUACCCUAA